AUGUUUCCUCCAUUUGACUACUUCGCCUACCGGCGCGCACGCGCCCAGAAACAGGCCGAGCGCGUCGCCCGAUUCGCCAGCCUUCCAGACCCCUACCACCUCGCCAUAACAGAAGCCGAUAAGAAGAUCAUCGACCAGCCCAUCGAAGAGCUCGUCUUUGAUAUUCAGAAUGAGAGGAUCUCACCACUGACCGUGCUGCGCACGUAUGGAAAGGUCGCUAAGCGCGCCCAGGAGCGUACCAAUUGUAUUACUGAACUGUUGUUACCGGAGGCGGAGAAGUGGUUGGAAAGUGAAGUCAACCUCAGGGGCCCAUUAGCGGGCAUCCCGGUUUCUUUGAAAGAUUCAGUGCAGGUGAAGGGCUUUGACACAACACUCGGAUAUUCGAAGCUUGCCGGGAAGCCAUUUGCAGAAGAUGGUCCGAUGGUUCGGAUGUUGAAGGAUGCUGGGGCUGUUCCUUAUGCAAAGACCGCGUUGCCUAUCACGCUGCUUUCGUUUGAGUCUGCUAAUGGGCUCUGGGGACACUGUCUCAAUCCUCAUGUCCCUGAGUAUUCUCCAGGUGGCUCGACUGGUGGGGAAGGCGCUUUACUUGCUCAGGGUGGUCGCAUUGGUAUUGGGUCCGAUGUUGCUGGCUCUGUUCGUGUUCCUGCUGCUUGGAGCGGGGUUUACUCGCUUCGUUGCAGUACCGGUCGAUGGCCCAAGGUCGGCGUCAGUACUAGUAUGGCUGGCCAGGAAGGCAUUCCCAGCGUGUUUAGUCCUAUGGCUCGUACGCUGAAUGACCUCACGUAUUUCACCAAGGUCAUUAUCGGCAUGCAGCCUUGGAAGUAUGAUUAUACGGUUCAUCCCAUCUCCUGGAGAGACGAUCUUGAGGUUGAGGCGCAGAGCAAGCCUCUCCGUAUCGGUCUGAUGAGCAACGAUGGUGUCGUUCCUCCCACUCCGGCCAUCGAACGGGCAUUGUCCACUACCGUCGCCGCACUCACCGAAGCCGGCCAUACCGUGACUGAGAUCACACCUCCCGCCAACGCCGACCCCUUCAAAGGCCUCGACCUGGCCUCCCAGCUCCUCAAUUCGGACGGCUGCCAUCACUUUAAUGCCAAUCUCCGUAGCUUCGAGCCCUCAGACCCAGGCGCCAUCCAGCUCUCCCGCCUCGCCCAUCUUCCCGGCCCACUCCGCUACCUCUACUACCUUUACGUCCGCUACAUCAAGCGCGACACCAUCCUCGCAACACUCAUCCGCUCCUUCGGCCCCAAAACCGCCGCCCAACUCUGGCCCCUGACAGCGCAGCGCGAAUCUUACCGCGCAACCUGGCACGAAUGGUGGGACGCGAAACCGCAACAAUUCGACUUCAUCCUCUGUCCGGCCAAUGCCACCCCAGCCCUCCCCCAUAAAGCCAUGCAUGACGCUGUUUCUUCGUGCGGGUAUACUUUCCUCUGGAACCUGCUUGAUUACUCCGCUGGCGUCAUGCCCGUUGGCCACGUAGAUCGCAUCCGUGACGCGCUCGUGUCUCCGUAUAAGACGACACUUCAGCGGCUUGGUGCUAACCAUGCGAUCGCUCGUGGGGCGUGGAAACAUUACGACUCGUCCAAAAUGGCGGGUCUGCCUACUGCCGUGCAGAUUGUUGGGCGCCGGUGGCAGGAGGAACAGGUUCUUGGAUACAUGGCUGUGGUGGAGAAGGCGCUGGAGGCGUACCGAGAUCCGCAGACUGGGGAGACCGCCAAGUACAGCCUUUUGGAGAUUGACUGA